UGCUACCAAGUUUUCGACAGUCACCAGUUACAAAUAUCUAUUUCCAUUCUUAUUAGUUAGCUAGCUAGUCCUUUAAGAAGAAUAUGGCUGCAGCCAAAUCUGGUACUGGCAGUGGACAGAAAGACGAACCUAUUAUUCCUGUGGCGUCAACCGUCAAACCGAAAGACGAUAAGGUGAUUGAGAUUGCACAAUUUGCAGUUGUAACGUACAAUAAGCAGGCCGGGACCGAUCUGGUUUUCAUCAAUGUGGAAUUCGGCUUCUGGUGGAGCAUUUCUGGUGCCACUUACUACAUGCUUGCCAUUAAAGCUCAGGAUGAUAAGGGCACAUAUUGCGACGUAGCGUUGGUUGCUGAUAUACUGCGAGAAGCAGGGUCAUUCACACUUACUUAA